UGCUGCGCCGAUUGGGGCGCCCGCUUGGAGGAAGAGAGAUGGCGUGCUUAUUGGAGGCCCCUCUCCGCAUCAGUGUUCUGUCUGAAGUCACCGCCACCAGUCGCCAUUAUGUUGACCGACUUUUCGACCCUGACCCACAGAAAGUCCUGCAGGGAGUCAUUGAUAUGAAGAAUGCUGUCAUAGGAAACAACAAGCAGAAGGCCAAUCUGAUUGUCCUUGGAGCUGUACCGAGGUUACUGUACCUGCUUCAGCAGAGCUCGUCCAGCCUGCAGCUGAGGACGGAGUGCGCCGUGGUGCUGGGCAGUCUGGCCAUGGGCACCGAGAACAACAUCAAGUCCUUGGUGGACUGUCACAUCAUCCCCACCCUGCUCCAAGGUCUCCUGUGUCCAGACCUGGUCUUCACUGAAGCCUGUCUUCGAUGUCUCAGAACUGUCUUCAUCAGUCCCGUUACGCCUGUGCAGCUGCUGUAUACAGAUCCCACUGUGAUUCCCCAUCUCAUGUCUCUACUGAGCAACUCCCAGAGAACCCAGGAGUACAUCACUCAGAUCUUCUCCCACUGUUGUAAGACCCCAGAGCACCAGACUGUUCUUUUCAACCACGGCGCCAUCCAGAAUAUCGCCCCUCUGCUUAUUUCACCCUCCUAUAAGGUCCGGAUGCAGGCGUUAAAGUGUUUCUCAGUCCUGGCCUAUGAGAACACUCAGGUCUCCAUGACACUGGUGAAUGUGCUGGUGGAUGGUGAGCAGCUCACUCAGGUAUUUGUUAAAAUGAUGCAAAGGGAUCAACCCGUUGAAAUGCAGCUAACAGCAGCCAAAUGUCUAACCUACAUGUGUCGAGCAGGUGCCAUCAGGACCGACGACGGCUGCAUAGUACUAAAGACGUUGCCCUGCCUCGUGCGAAUGUGCAGUAAAGAGCAUUUACUGGAGGAGAGAGUGGAGGGUGCAGAGACACUAGCCUACCUGAUGGAGCCCGACGUGGAGCUGCAGAGGAUCGCCAGCACCACCGACCACCUGGUGGCCAUGUUGGCCGACUACUUCAAGUACCCCAGCUCUGUGUCUGCCAUCGCUGACAUCAAGAGGCUGGACCAUGACCUUAAACAUGCACAUGAGCUGAGACAAGCUGCUUUCAAGCUCUACGCCUCUCUGGGCUCAAAUGACGAGGACAUUCGCAAAAAGAUCACAGAGACAGAAAACAUGAUGGACCGAAUAGUCAGCGGCCUAUCGGAAUCCAGCAUUAAAGUGCGGCUGGCAGCGGUGAGGUGUCUUCAUAGUCUUUCCCGGUCAGUGCAGCAACUAAGGACCAGCUUUCAUGAUCAUGCUGUGUGGAAGCCCCUCAUGAAGCUGCUGCAGAACGCCCCAGAUGAAGUCCUGGUCAUGGCUUCCUCAACACUAUGCAACCUGCUGCUGGAGUUCUCACCAAGUAAAGAGCCCAUCCUGGAGUCUGGGGUGAUCGAGUUACUAUGCAGUCUGACUCAGAGCGACAGCCCUGCUCUCAGGGUAAAUGGCAUCUGGGCCCUGAUGAACAUGGCGUUCCAGGCCGAUCAGAAGGUGAAGGUGGAGAUUGUCCGGUGUCUGGGCACCGAGCAGCUGUUCCGCCUGCUCUCUGACCCCGACACCAACGUGCUGAUGAAGACUCUUGGUUUGCUGCGUAACCUACUGUCAACGCGCCCGCACAUAGACCAGAUCAUGAGCUCUCAUGGGAAGCAGAUCAUGCAGGCGGUGACCCUGAUCCUGGAAGCCGAGCACAGCAUAGAGGUCAAAGAGCAGACGCUGUGCAUCCUCGCCAACAUCGCCGAUGGAAACACAGCCAAGGAGCUCAUCAUGACUAAUGAUGACAUGCUCCAGAAAAUUAAAUACUACAUGGGACACUCGAACGUGAAGCUGCAGCUCGCCGCCACCUUCUGUGUGUCCAACCUCAUCUGGAACGAGGAGGACGGUUCUCAGGAUCGCCAGGACAAGCUGAGGGAGAUGGGCUUUGUGGACGUCCUGCACAAACUGACGCAGUCAGCCGAUCCCAACCUCAGCGACAGGGCGAAGACGGCGUUGCAACAAUACCUAGCAUGACUACAGUGGGCAGCGAUCCUCUACUGCCAGGCUAACUGACGGUCAUCUAGAGGACGCCUGUCGCUGCCUGUUUGGGUUUAUGUUGGCUUUCGUUUUGAGACUUGCACAAAGACACCUUUUUGUUUCGUCUUGGACCUGUGGCCCACGUUUCUCCUGCCUCCCGUUUUCAGCGGUUCUUCUCAGCCCUAACUCAUCGUGGAAGAGGCUCCGAGUGUGUGGCUGUUUGGUAGUUGGAGAAAUUAGGGAAGUUUUUUUUUUUUUCCUGUUCCUUUGUCUUUUUUUGCUGGAGAGGUAACUUUCUGGGGUUUGACGUCAUAUUCCCAUACAUGCGCUCGUCUGAGGCUUCUCUUCUGGGACUCCUGACGGAGGAGAUUCAAGACAGGCGAACUUCCUGGUGUUUCUUUUGGAAUUUUUGGAUUAAUAUUGCUGUUAAUAUUAACGUCUACACAAGGCAUCACUAGCAAGGAUAUAUUUGGAAGAAAUGCCUAUUUUGAAACUUUGGGUGUUUUAUUUUUUUGUGGACAUAUACCUCGUAAAUAUAUAUAAAUAUAAAUAUAUAUAAAUUUAAACAUAAAUAUAUAUUUUUGGAUUUUUAUUUUCCCCCUGUUCUCAGCCCAUUGACUCCAUCCUCUCCCGCUACAUCUCCACUCUCAGCACAGUUGGAACUGCAGCCUGAUUGGAUCACUAUUAAACCCUGAAUUUUGUCUGCAGGGGUGAAAACUGAAAACAAAUCCAAGGAUCCCAGAUUUCUAAGUUUCCGGUGGCGACCGUGAAGAGGCUGCUUGCACUUGACGCCUGUCACCUCUGCCCAGUUUCCUUACAGUCCCCAUGGGAAAUGUAGUUCCAGAGCUGGUAGUGCUUAAUCCAAUCAGCUCCGUUAUCAGUGGAGUAGAGGAGGAUUCACUGUUGCUAUCUCUGUAUCAUCCCCCCUUCUCUCCUGUACUUCUUUUUCUGUGUGUUUGUCAGAAUGAAAACAUGAACAGCAAACCCUCUCCUGCCAUCCUCCUCCUCCACCGUUUCCUCUCUGAAGCUAGCGCUCCGGUGUAGAACCUCUCCUCCAUCUAGGGGGUUUUUAGUGUUUCCCUCUGACAUUUCAAACCGUACUGAAGUUCUGAUAGAAUGAAUGUCACAAAAUGGAAAAUAUAUGCAGACCUGCAGAAGGAUUCCUUUGUGUUGUGUGUUAUUUCUUCUGUAGGGAGGCUGCAUAGUUUUUGUUUCAGUCCCAAAUCUAGAUAAAGCUAGUUAAAGCUGCAGUAUGUAGCUUUUUUUUUUGGUUUUUUGGGGUAUUUGUUGAAAGUGUAUGAGAAAUAAUCAGUGGAAAAAAAUGUCGUUUCUCUGCCUUCUCCCAGUGCUCCUACUACUUAUUUUUAACAACCAAUCAGAGCUAGGAGGCGGGUCUUGGCGCUGCCAGUCAGCUAGCAGAACCUGUCCUGAAUGCUUGGCUGGUUAGCAUGGCCAUCAAUGAUGGUGGAUAAAUGAUUUUCCUGUAAUUUUUACGUCACUUCUCCGCCAUUAACACAUUUACCAGUAUAUGAGGUUGAUUGACAUCGCUAAGACCCACCUCCAAGCUCUGAUUGGUUGUUUGUAGUUUCUUCAGACACCAAUAGUAGCUCAGAGAGGAGAUGGAGGGCCUUGACUGUUUUUUCCCCCACAAAUUGUCUGUCUCCUACUCUUUGUUACACAUUUUAACAAAUAUAUCUAAAACAUAUUUAAAAAAGUUACAUACUGCAGCUUUGAUGUGUUAUUUUGUAAAGCCACAACAUUGCAGAGCCUGACUUUUAAGAUUUGGUACUAGGAAGCGUAUAGGUGCUCCUUUCUGUCUUUUUUGUUUUGGGUUAAUUUCUUACAAGAAUAAAAAUCUGGAGUUAAUUUAACCAUAUAUUUGCUUUGACCGUGUGAUGGUCAACAUCACGUCUGAGUAAGGUUAAAGAGCGGGUUCUUUAUCGACACUUAAGAACGUGGCAUAUGUGACUGUAACUCCGUAUUGUUGUCUCUGACAAAGAUGUCAGGCCCAAAAUGGCCUCUUUUCUAAUUUUUCUUAGUGUGUUUCUGGCUUGAAGCAAAGGAAAGUAUCCAAUGAAAUGAAGGUGCUGAACUAAACAUUUAAUAUUCUUGGUUCAUCUGGAGUGAAAUAAAAGUAGAUCAUUGUUAAUGUU